AUGUCCGUAGACGCGCCUAUGCACGACGCCCCUCCUCCGGCCGAACAGCCCGCGAAGCGUCGGAAGCCCCCACCACCCGAAGAAGUGACCAUCCGCGAGCACGACUGGACCUACCUCAACCUGCAAAUCCUUUCCGACCCUUCCAACACCACCACCUCCUCCUCCUCCACUGACAUCCUGACCUGGCGCACAACCCUCACCAGCGCGCUAACACAGUUCCUGGGCAUCACCGGGUCCGCGAUACAAAUCGACAUACUGCACCUCUCGGGCGACGAAGCGUGGCUGCGAGUUCCGCGGGAGAACGCGAAGAAGUUCCAGGCCGCCGUGGGCGGGUAUGUUGGCUCGAGGGAUGGGAGGAGCGUGGGGUUUCGGACGAGGGGUACGGGGGAGUUCUUGAUGGGCGUUGUGAGUAAACAGGCGCAGGAGGGACUGUGGGAUGAGUGA